CGCUGCACCUUUUUAAUAUCAUUUCAUCAAAAUUGAUUAAGUUAAAUAGUGAUCAAUGGUUAUGAGUACAAAUGGGAUGUUAACUUGCCAUAACAAAGUAUUUUGUCUUCAAAAUUUUCGACUGCUGGACGGUCUGGAGGAGAACCGAGGGAACUCUACAACUGGCCACAACAGUGUGAGCUCCGCCUUCUUUCAAAAACUUGGCUUUCCACUGUGGCGCACUGAGACUAGUCGUCUAUAUCGUCUACUUAAUUUUAAAGCGUGCUCACUCCAAGUAACGAAGCGGAUUUGGAAUUGGAUCGUGUCCAACAAACUUUCACGUUGCAAACGAUACGCGAUGGAAAACGCCAAGAAACUGACGUUGCUGGCCCGUCGACGACUCCGCCUUAACUGCCCGAGGAAAACAAUAGGCAACGCCCAACAUUUCCUCCUCACUGCCUUGGCUUGUGCCGUUUUUCUGCUAUUUUGUGUUGUCCUCUACACCAAUGUUUCGGAAGAGGAUGCGAGAAUGAAAAGAUCAAUCAUUUCAGUCAGUCGAGAUGAGGAAAGGAUCGAAUCAAAUGACGUAAAGACGUCCGAACGAGAGACUGAUAGACGCAAAGUCAACAAACUGAUUUUGUUCUGGACACAGUAUUUCGGUACAAGAGGUUACGAAUUCAAACUGGGACAAGAAGGCUUUGCUGAAGCAAGUUGUCCAAUACGAAAUUGCCUCUUGACGACCGACCGGACCCUGUUCAACGUCAGCGAUGCAGUCAUUUUUCACGUCAACGAUUUCGAUGAAAGAGAUUUGCCAGACCCACGACAUCGUCGACCGCACCAACGAUUCAUUUUUUACAAUUACGAAACAAUGGUCGAGUUUGAGGACUAUCCCAUGUUCACUCAAACUAAACAUUUCUUUAAUUGGACCAUGACUUAUCGACGAGAUUCAGACAUUUACGAUGUCCGGCCGUACGGUUCGCUUAGACGGCGGACAGAUGCUCAUCUCUCACCGUCCAACAUGCCCAUCAGACUCACAACGGACACACUACCACCUGAUCCAGCCUCGCUGAUAACGACAUUCUUCAACCGUUCAAGGAAUCACCCAAUUUUAGCCAAAAAGACGAAAAUGGUCGCUUGGUUUGUGUCUCGCUGUCACUCCGAUAGCCUCAGAGAAGAAUAUUUCGAACUGGUUGGUCAACAUGUGCCCAUUGACAUUUACGGAGGAUGUGGCCCGCUCAAAUGUAUGCCUUCCAGGAGCGAAAAGUGCGACAAGUUGCUGGACAGCUACAAGUUCUACGUGGCUGCUGAGAAUGCCAUUUGCGCCGAUUACGUUUCAGAGAAAUUCUACCGAGCCCUGGCGUCCGACAUCGUCGCCAUCGUCUACGGAGGAGCCGAUUAUUCCGCCUACGCUCCACCUACGUCUUACAUCGAUGUCGCAGAUUUUGUUUCACCCAAGGCCUUGGCUGAUUAUUUGAAGCUUCUACAUGAAAACGACGGCCUCUACUUGAAAUACUUUGACUGGAAAAAGGAUUACAAAGUGGUGAGUCGACCGGCUGACGGUUGGUGUGAACUUUGCGAGAAACUCAACGAUCCCAAUCAACUUCCCAAAGUUUACAAAGAUCUAACCGACUGGUGGUUUCACAAAGACAUACCCUGUCUCUCUGGGUAUGAUUUUCUUACAGCAGGAAUACUACAGAAUGAUGAAUAACCAAUGAAAGAAAGAGAUCCAUAUACUUUCCUAUAUGUCAGAAUUACAAGCAGAGUAGUGUGAGGAUGACGAAUAAAAGGUUUCUAGAUGUA